CAGAAAACAUUUCGAAACAUGAUCAAAUCAUUGGAUAUUUCCAGUGUGAAUUCUGCAAGGUUGUCUCUAAGAAGAGUAUUUGAAGAGGUUUUCAGUGAUCGAAACUGCAAUUGGGGUCGUAUCGUAACCAUUGUAGCAUUUUCUGUUGAAGUCUCAAGGUUUGGACAGAAAUUGAACAAUGAAGAUAGCAAACACUUUCCAGAAAAAAUAUCAGAAUUUGUUUCAGAAUACAUAAACGAAUAUCUGUCUACUUGGAUUGUAUCUCAAGGUGGUUGG